UUGGUAUAAAAUGCCGCAGGAAUCCUUUCAUCUGAAUCAUAAGGAGAAUUUGCAGGUAAAGGAAAAUUAUGGCACUGGCUUUGGGCCAAUAUCGCAGCAGACAACAGCUGUCGUUGUUCCACCUCCGAUUGUGCUUUUGGGCCCAGACAACACUGUAACGACAUGUCCAUUUUGUAAAGCGUCUGUAAAGACGGAAGUGCGUCAUACCGUUACGAGUCGGACACAUGUUACUGCGAUUCUCUGUACUUUGGCAUGUUGUUGCUGUUGCAUCCCAUACUGCAUGGAAUCGACGAAGAACUCUGACCACUAUUGUCCUUCUUGUCAAAAAUAUCUUGGCACUUAUAAGAAGUAAAAAUGAAUCGCGCUAAUUAAAAAAAAUGCUUGUAUUUUUAUAUUCUAUUUAGGCUUGUGUUAUAAUUGCGCUUAUGGACUGCGCAGAUGAUCCGCGCGGAAUAUGUGACUGAAAACUGCCAUCAGUCUUGCUAUAUAACGGCGGCGGGUGACAGCGGAACAGAAACAUGGAUUCCUCACUUCCCCGCACUGCUUGUGCUUGCGCCGACGCGGCCAUUGCGCGUUUCGCGCGUCCCUAUGGCUCAAUUUUCUAUAGAAUGUUUACUUCUAGUUGCUGCUGGCUUGUAUCCGACAUAAGACACACGUUUGCGCAACGCGGCGGCGCCUAAAUUUAUGUUUCUCCAUAUUGUGCGGGUCUUAUGUGGUCUGUGGGUCUUGUAUUCAUCAUCAUCAUCAUCAUAUGUCGAUAGCACAGGAUCAAUAUUCUGGAAUGUACUUAUUUAUUUUAAUUAUUUAUUUGUAUUC